AUGGAAAUAUUUAAUAAAAUUUGUUGUAACUGUUGCGGCAAAAAGAACGAAGAUACCACUGAGGACGAGGAGGAAAUCACAGAAUCAGUUUUAAUGAUAGAAGAUCCGUUCGUCGGGGCCAAAUUAGUCAAAAAGGAGACUGAAAAAAAGGAACUUCCGGAACCAGUUGUAGAGGAAAAGAAGGUUUUACAGGCCAGAAAGCACUUAAAGGUUAAAAAAAAGGAAAUCGAGAGAAUUAGCAUAAGUGGAGCAGUUGCCGCACUUCCACCGCCACCAAUUGAAGAAAUUGAGGGCGAAAUACCAAAAGUAAAGGAAUCCUAUGACCAAUUGAGUCUUGGGAGUGGAGUAUACUUCGGUUACUCUCUUAACGAUAAUGGAUCACUGUACCUGCAAUACACUACUGAGAAGCCCGCCUCAAUGGACGGAGUUUUGGGCUAUAUAAGGCCUGACCGGGAAAUUUUGAAGUACCACUACGAAAAUGAGAACGGAAAACAUGUAAUUUCAACAAAUGUCAAAGAAUAUAUGAAGAGCAAGUUCCAACAUGAUCGGAAAAAGUACUUCGACGCCUGGAAAGAAUUCUUACAACUACUCAAUUCCCACGGAGGAAGUCUUUAUAUUCUCUCCGCUUUUGAUCUCAGUCCACCACCAAGGACUAGAAUAGUUUUAUUUAGCUGCAACAGUUUAACUGAAAUUAAGGGUUGUGAGGAGGUUUGCUUAAAGGAAAACGAUCUUUUGGGCGUUUUCCCCUUCUCUCUAGAUUACAAAACCAAAUUAAAUGAUAAAUUAACCCGAAAUGAUUUUAUGGAUUUGUGUGAGAAAUAUGGCAUUGUUUUCCAACUAAUCAGGUAG